AUGCUGAAGCGGCUUAUAAACGCAGCGCAAAAACCCUCCACUCCGAAGAGGAAGCUAAUUCGGCUUUCGUUCCGAUCAAUCUACGUUUCACUACGUCUCGGCUUCUCGUCUCAUUUUAUGCGUCUCCAUGAACGACUGGAGCGUGACCUCGUUGAGGAAUGUUCCCGCAUCCAAUGGACACGUAAUGUCUCGGGGGCAAUCACAGAGAAUCCGGCGGGACCCUCAUUACCGUUCGCCGCCAAAUGCGCUUCAUCAUUCAAAUUGGAAGCUGGAGUAGGGGCAAGAGAAGACUGUGGGGAUUCCUGCUUCUUCGACCUAGGCCAGAAGACUAGCGUCCAAUAG